GGCCGACAAGCAAGUAACAAGUGUCAAAACAUAGGCACUCCUUAAGAACUAGUUUGCAAGUGUUAAAAAAUAGUCGUGCGGAGGGGAAAGCACGUCGAAAAAUGUAAUUUAUGUAACGAGAAUGUAUCCGAGUCGUUGUUUUGUGUGAUUUGUAACUGUUGUUUUUUUGUUAAAAAUUGGAAAUUUGGAAAUGUGUUGCGCUUUUGUUUUCUAAAGUUACAGUAAAUAUUUACCUGUAGGUAAAAGUGGCGUAGGUGGCUGCUGUUUGGAAAAGUUAGGUUAUGAUUUAUAAUUUUCGUGAAAAUCGUGUUUUUUAUGGAUAUAUUGCUGUGUUAGGCUGUAGACAACAUGGAAAAAGUUUUCGAACAUGAAAUGUUACUUCCAGUUUCCUCUGAUGAAUGCGGUCAGAGCGGAGGCGAGGCAGAAGACGCCGACAGUGACGAGGACGUGAUCACGGACUACCACGUGGUGGAAACGGGGGCGGCAAGCUGCGGCGGCGGGGGCGGGGGGGACGGUUUGACCAACAGCUACAACGGAGGCCUGGCGUCACCGGACGGUACCGUUGUCGUCGUCCCUGGCGGCGGCAACGGCAACUGCGCGCCGGCGAUGUUGCCGCGCGCGGGCGGCGGCGGUUGCACGGCGCCGCUCCCUACUAUCAGCGUGACGCCGCACUCGCCCGCCAACAAGACGUAUCCAGUGCUGGAGGACAGUUUGCAACAAGUCAGGGAUCUGCACGAGACGGUGCAGCACAUGAGGAAUGUCUCUAUUGCCAAUUCUUAUGCUCCCAGCUCACGUGACUUCGCAGCGUUUGCUUUGAACCCCCUCCUCGCUCAGGUGGCACGCCUGAGCGCGAGUUGUCCAGUCCUCAACGAGAUGGCGCUGGACCCCGAAGCCCUCGUGGGCUCUCUGGGUUCCUCGCCCCUCCAUCAAUCACCCAGCAGAAAAGGAAGCGGAGCUCAAGAUUGGUUGUGUCAGCCAGAAACACAAAGAAGAAGAUCAUGGACAGCCUUGGAGGACCUUUCAGGAACAAAAGAAAAAGUCAUGAAACACACAAGACAAAGAAGUAUUUCCCUGAGCAGUAUGGAAUCUGAAGCUGACGAAUCGUCUUUAUUGGACAAUGUAGAUGGCAGCACUGCUCAUCUGCUUGGACCGGAUGUCCCUGUAGUGGUAAGGCACCGGCACGGUACCAGGGGUACCAACGGUAGAGACAGAGACAGUACCCAUUCCUUAAACGAGGCGGACCUUCAAAAUGAUUUUAACAAAAUCAAGGCGAAACGCAAAGCUGAGCAGCUGCGGCUGCUUCCGGCGCGUCUUCCGCUCCAAAAGUCAAUCUCCACGCCAUCUAUAAUCGCCGUGCGGGAUCUGGCGCCGGAACCGGAAAUACUGGUGGGAGUUGUGCCAACUUUACCUCUCUUGGUGUGUAGGGGCAGACCCAGCGGCACGGAAAGCGAGACCGAGGAGGAGGGCAGUCGAUCCGGACACACCGACAGCUCAGUCGCUCAUCUCAAUGACAUUCGCCAUUCGGAAAAGAGACGCAAACGGGGAAGUCUGUUUUUUAGAAAGAAAAAGGAUAAAAAUAAGAAACAAGUUAGCCACCAGUGGGUGUCAGGUUGUUACAGUAACUCUCAAAUUUGUGAUGUCUGCAGCAAACAGCUUAGCAACAAACCUGCCCUCUAUUGUGAAAGUUGUGGCACAACUGUUCACCAAAACACUUGUAAAGACAAUAUAAUAGAAUGUGUUAAAAGUAAAAGUUCAAAGAAUUCCAAUAAAAUGUCGGGAUUUGCUGUGCCGUCGACUACAAAAAGUUCGAUUUCGAAGCGUGGCUCAGGGUCCCUAAUUGGGUCCCAGUCUACCUCAACUAGGAGGAACCAGCUGUGCUAUUCCCCGUGGCGCAGGGUCGCCACCAAGCUAGGAGUGAACCAAAUUCUUUGCGACGAUAAAGAGACAGAUACACAUCAUAGCCACCACGAUGCCACAAAUUUUUCCGACGACGUUCCGUUGGUACCACUGGAAUUUUUAUCGGACUCUCCCCUAACAGCCACCGAAUUGUGUUCGGACUUUAGUUUAGGCUUGCACGAACCAGAACCAGAUUCAUGGACCCCAUAUGUCGGUAAAGACAUUGCGAGAAAACUAAAGGAGAAAGAAGUUAAAAGACAGGAGCACAUCUACGAGUUUAUACUGACAGAAAAACAUCACUGCAUGACCCUGCUUGUCAUGCAAAAAGUUUUUGUGGAUGGUUUGCAUAAAUAUUUUCAGUUGGGUCCAAACUUGGAAAGAAUGUUUCCAAGACUAGUAGAUUUGACGGAAUUACAUUUGGGUUUACUGUCUAGGUUGAGACAAAGGCAAAGGGAGAAACCUGUGGUUACUUCAAUUGCAGACAUUCUUUUGGAUGAGUUUUCCAAUAUUCAUUCUGCCAAGUUAAAAUCCGCCUACGGUGAAUUUUGUAGCAGACACAGAGACGCAGUUGAAACUUACAAAUAUUAUCUUCAAAACGACGCGAGGUUUGGCGAGUUCGUUCGCCAUUGUCAAACGAACCCCCUACUAAAAAAGAAAGGCAUACCUGAGUGUAUUUUAUUUGUGACCCAACGUCUAACAAAGUACCCCCUCCUGAUAGAACCACUGAUAAAAACAAGCAAAGAAAACCGCCAAGAACAGGAAGCGCUACAGAAAGCUUUAGCGUUGGUCAAGGAAAUUCUUGUGGAGGUUGACGCCCAAGUGGCUGAAAAAGAGAAAGAAGACAGAAAGUUGGAGAUUUACAACAAAAUCGAUGCUAAAUCUUACACUGUCCAUAGAGGUCACAAAUUCAAGAAGUCUGAUAUCCUGCAAGGAAAUAGAUCACUAAGAUUUGAAGGGGUGGCUAUGUUAAUGCAGGGAAGGGGUAAAAUGCAGGUGGUCCUUGUGAUUGUCCUGUCGGACGUCCUGUUUUUUCUUCAAGAAAACUCCCACAAGUACUCGUUUUUCACUCCUGAUAAUAAGGCAGGUGUAGUAUCCUUACAAAAAUUAUUGGUAAGGGAAAAAGCUGGACAGGAUUCCAGGGGUAUUUAUUUAAUAUCAUCCAAUCCUGCAGAUCCUGAAAUGUUUGAGCUUAAAGUUCACAAACCUAAGGAUAAGCAGAUAUGGAUUCAAGCAGUAAGAGAGGCUGUGCAAUGUUGUCCUGAAGAUGACGAGGACCACAUAACUUUAGACUCUGAAGAAAGACAGAGCAUAUUGAACGCGAAACAAAAUCAAGUUCGUCACCUAGUCGGAUUGCUUAGACAAAAGGACAUAGAGCAAGCGUUACUAUUGGAGGAAAAAAUGUCCUUGCAACUUAAGUUAUUGGCGGCAGCCGGUUUGGAGCCACCGUCGCCGCCAUGUUACCGCCAUCUGGUGAGCGAAAAUGCCGACACGGGCCAGAUGUGGAAGGAGGUUCUCACCGCUGUUCAGGAAGUGAGCCAAUUGGCCAGCUCUUUGUACACAACUGGAACCAAUUUAUCGAGAAGUGUUAGUUCGGCCGGCGAACACCAGAGUGACACUUACGUCUCCCCUAUUUUACCAAAACGAGCGGAAACCUUCGGUGGUUUCGAUAAUUGUAACCAACCUCCAAAAUUGACCGGAAAAAAAUUACAAGGCAAUGAAUUGGAUAAUAUUAAACCGGGAGAUUCCAGAUUAUUCGAACGCCUUCCUUACAGAAACUGCGUCAUAACAGCCGGUACACAAAUAACCAACGGUAACAUAAUCAGUAACACUGAACAACACAUCGUGACCGAUGUUCCGGCGUUACUAACUUUGGGUAGAGAGCAACAAUACGCGGCGAUUCAACUCUCCCAUUACGUUUAUACUCUUUUGUGCAUAAUAUCGCAGUUAAUGACUACAAAUGAGAGCUUGCAGGCGCAAAUAAUGACCAUCAAAGGUGGUAGUGAGGGUUCAAAACAAUACAGACACAACCAACAGUUGGAGGAGUUGAGAAACUUGCAAGAUAAGUUAAGUGGUGAAAAAGCGGCCUGGGCUGCUAGCAGAGAUCAAGAGGCUAAGGAGUUAGAGGAGAAGAAAGCGGAGUUACACAGAUUAGAGGAGCAAUUAAGGGCUGAACAGAAGGACAUAACGCAGCAAAGGGAGCAGUUGUACCGUAAAAUGGAGGUUCUUACAAGUCAAGGGUUGUUGAUAUCCCCCAACACAGCAAUACCGGUUACGGGACAAUUGGAGGACAGUUCCGAAGAGAGUAGUCCCCAAUCGGAUACUUCCUCUGCUGCUUCGGCUGUAGGUUCGGGAAGCGGAAGCGGAACUUCCUUGACGCACACCAUGUCGAUCUCGGAAAGACGAAAGGAUCCCAAGUGGACAAAAGGUACUAUGCCUAAACUCCCGCUAAACCUGAUCAGUACGACAAACCAGCAAAAGGUGUCGCAACCGAUCAAGCAGCAGAUUCCGUUCAAGCUGGUUUCGAGGCUAAGCGCUGGCGGAGGCGUCGGCGUCGUGACUAACGUUAGCUCUUCUUCUUCUUUAGCGGGUCAGCAGCAGCAAGGUUCUCCAGCUGCGCAGAUGCAGAUGCUGCCACUUAAGCUGAGUCAGGACGAGAAAGUGCGCAGGACCAGCACGAGCGGGUACCAGAGGCUCGGGUCCGAUAGCUUCAGUCCGCCGUCGGGAGAUACGACACCAACAAUGCCGGCGCACUCGCACAGCCGCACGGGUUCAAGUCCCGCGAUGAUGCAAGCAACCUCGCCGCCACCUCAAGGUCAAGGUCACAGCACCUACCCGACCUCGCACGGCGCACCGCCAUCUGGAGGCGCCAAAGCGACGCGAACCCACACCUACCCAAAACUACCCGACAAGUUCAAGGUCAGGAACGAGCAGCAACAAGCCAAUCAGGACGAAGAAGUAAUCUACUUUUGACGAAUUUCCGGCAAGGUGUUCCGCACGGUCCUGCGCGCGGUCCUCAGCAAAAAAGAAAGCGAUUAUUGAGGUUAUGAAGUCACAGAUAAAAUUUUACAAUUUCAUACUCCAAAUGUGAUUUUAACUACUGUUAAAUGUCUUCGUGCAUUUGGAAACACUCUUGAGGUUUAUAACCUCAAUGUUGCCGUAUUUUUAGAGGUUGUGUGUAAAUGUGACCUUGUAAAAUUCUUUAAAAUUUCUAACCUGUGAUUACUAGAUUUAUUUAAAAAAAAAAAACAAAACAAGAAGGUUAAAUAGGAUGAUAUGAGCAAACAAUUUUUCGUUUGUCUUCCUUAUAUGUAUAAUAUACAUGAUUUAAAAAAAACUUUAAAAAAAUUACGUAAAUCAGUAUUCUUAAAUUAUUAACUCAAAUCUUGUGACAAUACAAUAUAGUUAGAUAUUAUUUCGACGUUUUUAGAAACGUCUGUUUCUUAAAAAAAUAUUUUGUUAUGAAUAGUUUAAUGUACAGGAUAUACUAAUACAAAGUACCAUAACAAGUAUGGGGUAGAUAUUUUUUAUCAUUAUUUAGUUUUAAACAAUUAUAUUGGUUUUUCUUGAAAUAAGCGACUUUACGUUUUGUAAAAAAUAAUCUCUAUAGAAAGCAAUAAGCCAAUCAGCACACUAGUUGCGAUGGAGAAUGCCGUUCUGAUUGGUUUAUUGGUUUCCAUAUAGAUCAAAUUCUAUAGAAAGUAAAAAUGUAACUGAAAAGUUUUAAAUAUACAUAAAAACAAUGUCAAAAAAGUUCACUUUCCCAUUUAACUUUUCUUUAUUCUACUUAAAAACAAAGGUUUGGAUAAUAACAACACACUUUUAUCAGUAUAUACUCAGUAACUUGCUGACAAUAUUGAAACUUGUUGAAAUUUCUGUAAUAAUAUGGGUAAUACUUUGUGUAAGUAUAUUAGAAAAAAAUGUUGAUUCAAAACUUAUACACUGUUGUUAAUUGUUAAUAGUUAUUUAUAGAAUUUGUUCGAGCCCUAAUUCCGAUAAAUAUGCAGGGUACAACAAAAAUACAGGCAGAAUAGUAAUAACAAUACAAUUCAAGCUUCCCUAAAUUCCCAGUAGGUUUUGAGGCUUGGAUCGCCUUGUAACAGGGUGUCCAACUACUUAGGGAAUUUACAGAAAUGUUUUUGACUUGUAACCAGAAAAAUAGUUAUCUGGCAAAUAAAAACUAUAUUUAUUUUUUUCAAGCAUACAAUUAUUUACAUAUUAUAAAACUCGUAAGUUUAUAUAGAAAGACUUUAUAUUAAUACUAGUUCAAAAGAAAUUAUUAUUUCAUUAUGUCAGUUAACCUAAAAAUGAUGUGACAGAAUCCUAAGAAAUAAUUUAAUUUUAUGCACGAUGACAUUAUAAUAUGACAAUUAUAACAAAAAUUCUUUGACGUAAACGUCUUUUUAUAGCCCGCGGGCGUUAUUAUGACCCAGCGGGCUAUAAUGAAACGUCAAAAAUUAAAAACAACAAUGUUACACUAUUUGAUAUAUUCGAAGUAAGUUUUUCGUAUAAAGAUUUUGAUUUUUCCGAUUUUUCAGCUGCUUCCUCAAUUUCAUUCAUCUUUAAACUUAAAACUCUUUGACGUAAACGUC